UUAAAUUCAGAAAAGUAUUUGCGGGAUUGCAAUAUUACCAUAUAGAACGUAUAACUAUAGUAAUUUUAUAGUUCCUGAAAAAGGAACUUGUAUGAUUUUUGAUUAAUUACAAAUGACUAAUUACGAUUUCGGCCUCGAUGCUUGCAUUGAGAUAUCGAUCACAAACCGUAUUUCAAAUGUUAGCAAUCGAUUCUCGAAUGGCCAAUUUCAAAUUAAAACCAUCAAAUUAAUACAACAUCAACAACACUUUUAUAAAAUUCUUUGAAAUAUGUAACUCAAUAAAUACAAUGUCGCUUCAAGCACCGAACAAAAGUAAAGAUGUGAUCUAUAAUGUAUAAUAUAUUAUAUUUAUUCAUUAAAAAUUUACAGCCAAUAUAACUAUUUAUACAUAAGAUGUCAAGCGCUCCAAUAACAGAUAAUUCCCCAAAAUCAUUGUUAAAAACCGUAGACAAUGAACAUGAAAAAACGGAAAAGAAAUUAACUGUUCUUGAAACGCAUGGUUAUGCUCUUGGAAAAACAAUAGGAUCCGGAUCAUAUGCUACCGUAAAAAUUGCUAAAUCUGGUCGACAUGAUUGCCAUGUAGCAAUAAAAAUAGUUUCAAAGUUUCAAGCACCCGGCGAAUACUUAAAGAAAUUUUUACCCCGUGAAAUUGAAGUAGUGAAAGGUUUAAGGCAUCCGAAUUUAAUUCGUUUCCUCCAAGCAAUUGAAACAACCCACCGUGUAUAUAUUAUCAUGGAAUACGCCCAAAAUGGUAGCUUAUUAGACAUAAUAAGACUAGAUACUUUUAUCGAUGAAUUCCGUAGUCGUAGAUGGUUUCGGCAAUUAUUAGAAGCAAUUGAUUAUUGUCAUGGACGCGGUAUAGUUCAUAGGGAUGUCAAAUGCGAAAACCUUCUAAUGGAUUCCAACUUCAAUGUUAAAUUGUCUGACUUUGGAUUUGCGCGUGGUCGUAUGAAACCAAAGAAUGGUAUAAAUCCAUUAAGUGAAACUUUCUGCGGAAGUUAUGCAUAUGCCUCGCCUGAAAUAUUAAAAGGAAUCCCAUAUUUACCUCAACUGGCCGACGUAUGGUCCAUGGGUGUAGUACUUUAUGCUAUGGUUUACGGUCGGCUACCAUUUGACGACACAAAUUACAACCAACUUCUAAAGCAAGUUCAAAAUAAGAUUACAUUUCCUAAAGAACCGAAGGUGUCUCAAGCUUGCCGUUCUCUUAUCGCCCGAAUACUUGUACCGCAACGAACACGGUUACACAUUGAUAAUAUAAGAAAUGAUGUUUGGCUUUCCGAAUCGCUUGUCACAGUUCAAACUUCUACUAGCGAUACCUUCGUGAAUGCUCCAUAUACAUUACCAAAGGCUAGUGAAAUAACAGUGAAUGAAAAGAAUAAAAAAUCAAACAAGCAUGCUGAUAUUAAAGCUCGAAAAUCAUCCGAUUUAAGUAUAGAUCAAAAUAAUAACUGUGUGUACCUGAAAUAGAUCGUAUAACUAUAAAUUCUUAGUUUCAUUUCACAUCGAAAUUAUCACAGUAUUAUGGCACCUUUAUUUAUAAAUAACGUUACUUUUAUAAAUUUAAUAAUUAGUACAAUAAUUAAUAAUUUAAGUAAACAGGACCUGCCCAAAUGCAUUAUUGAUGGAACAUACAGUACAUGGUACUGUGCUCGUUCAGUCAUAACUUAGAAUAAUACUCCGCGAAUAUAAGUAAAAUUACUGUACUUAUCACAAAAAUGCCAGGGGCAGUUAUUUUGUGGAUAGUACUGGUAUAAUCUGGAAUAAUAUGUUAUUAUUAUCUGCUA